AUGGCUUUAAAAGGAGUGGGGGGGGAAGGAAAAUUCCCUGCAGGAGCCAGAGCUCGCAGCCCAGCGCAGCCCGGGACUGAGCUCGGGCUCGGUUGGGCUCCCUCAGGUGGAUUUAAGGCGCUUUGGGCAGGACCAGGCUCUGCUAUGUUGGCCAAGGUGGUGUUUUCCCUUUUUCUGUGGCUGCAUUUUGCUGCGGGACAGGACACACCUGAGCCAGCUCCCCAGCCAUCCACCUCCAACACCGAGGGCGACCUCCUGUUCCUGCUGGACAGCUCUGCCAGCGUCUCCUGCUAUGAGUUCUCCAAAGUCAAGGAGUUCAUGUGGGACCUCCUGCACCCUUUCACCUUUGGCCCUCGGGAUGUGCAGACCAGCAUCAUCCACAUCAGCACCACGCCCAGCAUGGAGUUCCCCUUUGACCAGCACCUGAGCAGGGACUCGCUGAGGAAAGCCAUCGGGGGCACGCGGCAGCGGAUGGGCGACACCAACACGGGCAAGGCGCUGUCCCUGGCCAAGGAAAAGCUCUUCAGCAGCGAGGCUGGGGCCAGGCCGGACGUGCCCAAGGUGCUGCUGUGGGUGACGGAUGGCUUCUCCACGGAUGACAUCUCGGAGCCCAUGCAGCUGCUGAAGGACAUGGGGGUGACCGUGUUCAUCGUCAGCACCGGCCGCGGGAACUUCCUGCAGCUCUCGGCGGCUGCCAGCCCGCCCUCGGACACGCACCUGCACUUUGUGGACGUGGAUGACCUGCCCAUCAUCACCCAGCAGCUCAGGGACGCCAUCCGAGAUGUCAUCCAGGCCAACCGCCUGCACGCCACCGACGUCACCUCCAGCAGCUUCCGCCUGGUGUGGCCGCAGCUGCUGUCCCAGGACAGCGGCUUCUACAGCCUGGAGUACGGCCCGGGGGGGGACCCCGCUGCCAGGAGCACCCUGCAGGUGCCCGGGGCUCAGAGCAGCCUCGUGCUCAGCCAGCUGGCACCAGGAACCACCUACGAGGUGGCGCUGAUCCCCGAGUCCAACGUGCACUACUUCCCUCCCCAGAGAACCAGGGUCACCACCCUGCCAGAGGAAAUCAGCCCAGUUCAGGUUCUCAUCUCAGACUCUGGGCCCCGCAGCUUCCAGGUCAGCUGGGCUCCUGUGCUGGACAGCGUGGCCUCCUACCAGGUGCUCUAUGGGCCCCUGCCAGGGAACUCAGCCAAGCUGCUGCAGGUGGAUGGGAGCCACAACAGCACCCUGGUGCAGCACCUGGCACCCAACACCACCUACCUGGUGACAGUGACGGCCAUCUACAGGUCUGGGAAGGAGAAAUCCCUGUCAGCCAAGGCCUGCACCCUGGAAGAGGGCUCCAGGGUGAGGCACCUGCGCUUUGAGGACGCGGGUCCCAGCAGCGUCAGAGCCUCCUGGGACUCCGCGGCCGGGGCCGUGCGGGGGUACCGGGUGCGCUGCCGGCGCCAGAGCGGCGCCUCCUCCGUGCUCAGCGUGUCCCCGCAGGUGCACAGCGUGCUGCUGAGCGACCUGCCCCGGGGCAGCAGGGGCAGGGUGUGCGUGCAGCCCCUGUACCGCAGCCAGCCCGGCCCGAGGCUCUGCCGCACCGUGCGCAGGCACCCAGCCACAGAGGCCCACGGAUACAGGCACAGAGAGCAGGACAGACUGCAGUGAGCUCAUUGCCAGCACAGCAAAGGUCUGGAAUGGACAAAGAUUUGGACAAAAAGGAGGAGUCAGGGGAGGAACCAGCUCCUGUCCCAGGCUGUGCUGUCCCUGCAGGUGUCCAGCCCAAACCUGGCCCCAGCCAAGCUCUCCCAGGUUUAAAGGCUUGGCUGGAUGCAUGGAACAACCAGUGUGACUAAAAACGUGACUAAAAGAUGCCAAAUCUGUCCCCAUUUCACAGAAACACGAGCACCAAACAGAGGCAGAGUUGGUGGAUCCUCACUCUUGCUUGCUGUUCUCUAUUUAUUCAAGGUUGAUGCAGGUUUCUUUUUGCAUCAGCACAUUCAGGAUUUGGCUGUUCAUCU